CCUCACCCUCCUCCAGACCAGCCAGCCUCCACCAUGUGUCACACCAGCUGCUCCUCAGGCUGCCAGCCAGCCUGCUGUGUGUCCAGCCCCUGCCAGGCAUCCUGCUGUGUGUCCAGCCCCUGCCAGGCAUCCUGCUGUGUGUCCAGCCCCUGCCAGGCAUCCUGCUGUGUGUCCAGCCCCUGCCAGGCAUCCUGCUGCAGGCCUGCUAUAUACAUUCCUGUGAGAUGCCAGGUGGCCUGCUGUGUGCCUGUGAGCUGCAGGCCUACUGUGUGCAUGGCUCCCUCCUGCCAGUCCUCUGUGUGUGUGCCUGUGAGCUGCCGGCCUGUCUGUGUGAGCUCCUCCUGCCAGUCAUCUGGGUGCUGCCAGCCCUCCUGCCCCACCCUGGUCUGCAGACCUGUCACCUGUAGCACCCCCUCCUGCUGCUGACCAG